GGCCUAGGGUCUAGUCGUAUUUGCAAAAUAUAUGUCUCCGAUGUCAUACAGUUAAGUCAAAAAGGCACAAAGAGCAGUCCGCGCGGAGAAUGUCAUCAGAUUAGUAGCAACUCGACAGUGUUGACGAUGAACUGUAACGGCGACGAUGUUCGAAUCCCCGACGACGUCGCGGUAGAGUUAGGCGAUGUCCUCAACGAAAAUCUCCCCACAGGUGUGAGGAAGAGCUUUGAAAAGAAACCUAGUCGUACUUGGCUUGUUUGGAGUUGGUGGAUUGUUUUGGCUCGCACUGCCCCUGAUGGUAUAGGCGUGGCCGGACUCAAAUACGCCCUGGUGUCAAGAGAAAAUUGGUGCAGAAGGAUUGGUUGGAUAGUAAUCCUCCUGUGUGCCAUUGUCGCCGCUUCUUUCCAGAUCAUUGAGAGGGCUAUAUUCUUUUCAUCACAUCCACUCUCUGUAGAUAUAAGCCUUAACCAAUCCAUCAAAGAAUUGACAUUUCCAAAGGUCAUCAUUUGUAACUAUAAUUCCUUUGUAAAAUCGAAAACGCAAGCGUCACCGAUUAUUGACAAGUUGUUACGGAAUUACGAGAAUCUCCACUACAAUCCGAGCGAGGUUGACCCUCUAACUCCCGAUGAAUUGGAGUUUAUUCAGUCAUUAAGUACAGUUCAACUCUUCGAGGAUUUAAAACAUCGAAAGGAGGAUAUGUUUGUACGGGUUGUAUUCGGAGGUAAACCAAUUAGCUUGGAUGAUAUUGUCACAGUUAUUACCCCACAAGGACUAUGUUAUCAGGUCAACGACGUCAAGGAUGGAAGGAAACUACUCAAAACAUCAAGUGGUGGAAAGUUAUUUGGACUGAGCAUGAUCUUGAACACGGAACAGGAUGAGUAUUAUUACAACACAUACUUGAAAGACGCUGCUGGUUUCACGAUCCAACUUCUCGAUCAAAAUGAAGUAACCUACAUGAAUCAAGAAGGGUUCCAGGUUGGGCCUGGUAAAGCUGUUGCGGUCGAUAUGACUGUUAACAAGAAUUACAACGAGAAACCACCACACGGAGUUUGUGGUUCGAAGAAACUGAAGUAUUUUGAGGAAUAUUCUCGUACAAAGUGUAAAAUUGAAUGCAUGACGGACGCUGUGAUAUCUACGUGUGGAUGUAGAUUGCCCUCACUUGCAGGCAAUGCAACUGUAUGUGAUCCGAUCAUUAUGACGACAUGCGGUAAUGCCUUCUUCGAACCUGGAAUACAAAACACCACGUACCAACCCAAAGAUUGUGAAUGCCCAAUCGACUGUGAGGAGACGAGUUUUUCCUACAGUGUAUCAUCGGCUAUGUACCCCUCUCUCUUUCGUGAACGGCUUCUGGAAGAAUAUCUAGCUGAGGGUCUACUGGACUAUGAUGCCGUACGGUCUGCCAAUAUGACGUAUAUUGAGUAUAACUUUGUUGCUGUAGACAUCUUCUUUCAUGACAUUAGUACGAUGGUGGUAACACAGCAUGCCGAUUAUACCGCCUUUGCAUUAUUAUCUGACAUUGGCGGCUCUCUCGGGCUCUAUCUCGGAGGUAGUCUACUAACGAUAUAUGAGAUACUGGACCUCUGCGGACAUUCAUUCUUUCAUCGGAAACGCUAAUUCAUAUCGUCAGUAAUUUUAUCAACCGUCUUAAACACUAUCCGGUAUCAAAGACAAUCAAGCUCAAUUGGUGAUAAUCAAGGGCCUUUUCACACGUGAAUCUUGAAUCAUCAUCAUUGUAAUGAUGAUUGCAAUUCGUCUCUAGAAUCAUCGGACCUUUCACACGCUCCCUCGAAAACUGUGAUUUGAAUUCGAAUUCCCGAGCGAAGGCGGUAUAUGUGUCCUUGGUAACUUUUCAAUCAAAGCACUGCAUCACAAAUACAAACUACCAUGAGCGCAUGACAAUUGUAUUUCUUAUAUAUGAAUUCUGAACUCAAUGAUGAUUUAUAUCAAAAUACUAUCAAUUAGUAUUUUAAAGGCACAUGGGUAAUGUCAUGAGGGUGACAUAACACUUUUUCUCCGGGCUUUAUUUCUUCUAGUAUAGAGGGUUGGGGUUUCAAUAGAGUUUUAUGUUAGCUGUAGGGUUUAGGAUAUGGUAUAUCAAUUUCUUAAAUGUAAAGUACGUGAUUUUAAUCUUGGCUCAAAAUCGAUCAUUCUAAUGAUCACUUACAAAAAAAAGCAUAUGUGGGACAGUGUAUUAAUAUUACUUUAAAAAAUAUUCCAAUAUUAAUGGAAUUCCGUGCUUAUUCUGCUAUUAAAACUUCCCAGCAAUUACGCAUUUUCUUCCAGAGCUAUUUGGCACAUAUUUUUUUUUAUUUAUGUAUACAAACAUUUUGAUGGUAAUUUGUCGAAUUUUAGAUCGUUACCACAACUGGUAUUUUUCUUUAAAAUCCAGGGUUGAAGUUGGACAUUCCAUUAAUGUGUGGAAUCUACGGCGGAGCAAUUGUCGCCGGAUAAAAUGUCAUGGAGCCUCAAUGGAACGAAAACGAAACAACAAAAGAAACAAAACAAUAAACAGUAGAAAGCACCUCUUUAUUUUCCAAAAACCCCACUUAGCUAUUCACACGUUCAUGAAGACGUAGGCACUGUAUAGAUUAUACAAUCCCAUUAUUCAUCAGCUAUAUGCAUCGUCAAAUGUAUUGUGUAUAAUGAAUACAUGAUUGAUAUAACAUGUCACACAAACGUAUAUAAAUAUAUGCAGCAUAUAAAAGAAUAUAAUACACUUUUACUCGAUCAAUAUUUGAUAUUCAUUAUGUUUAUUAGUGAUGUGUUUUUAUAAUGUAUGUCACGUGUGUUCAUUAGAAAGAAAUAAAGAGUC